UAAAUGGGAUCUACAUGCUGAGCAACUGAUCAGAGGCAACCACAAGACCCACGCGAGUCCUACUACACGAACAGAUCAAUCAAAGAUCCGACUCGCCCAAGAGGUACACCCUCACUCACUCGUAGACAGACCCAGUUGUCAGAGUAGAACACUGUGCGACCAGGAGGCAGCAGUGGCUACAGGGAUUCCAGGCAGAGGAAGGAACUUUGGUGCAGAAGAGAAGGGAAUAUCUGCUACAAAGAAAGAAAUAGUCGCUGUAAGAAAUUUUUAAUAUUAUAGAGAGAGAUUCCUCCAAGCAAAUUGAUACAUCUUAGCCAUAGAAUUGACUUCUCGAUAUCAUCAGAGACAAGCGGAACUAAGAGAUCAUUUUCUAUUGGAGAGAUGCGCUCACAAAAAGGACACGAAAACAGCAAAUCCAAACUGUCUAUUAAAAAUAAUGAUUAUAAAUCUCAAAGAAAGAGUAACGAUAUCCUCUUAACAAAAUCUAUUAUAACCAAUGAGGACGGAAAAAGCCUUGUCUUAGACCAUUCCCUAAAAUGCAGCACCAUUCAAAUCAAAAAUGAAGGUGAGGAUACCUCUGAGAUCACCGCAGAGAACCUCCUCAACAACCCCCUCCCUCCUCAGCCGCCCAACACCCAAAACUCCGCCCAAAAUAACCCUCCCAUUUUCCCAUCCUUAAAUCUCAACUAA